UUAAAACGCGUCGGCGGUGUUUCGUAGUCGUCGAGUAGCUGUCGCGAGAAGUGCAUCUACGUAGCUUUCCCGUUAACCGCUCGCCGGGAUCUGAUAGAAUUUCAAUUAGCCAGUGUGUCUAAAAUCGUGCACGGAACGGAACACUUUUCACGCAUCGAUCUAAUAGGCGAAACAUGUGCUUCGAUGACUACGAUUAUAUUUUUCCCAGCGAAUGCUUUAUAAUUCACAUCGAAUAAUGUAGCGGAUAAUGGAGUUGGCCGGAUUACAAAUAGAUAACUAGCAUCGCUGAUAAUUAAAACUGGACUGGAUUCGUAGACACAGGACAUUUACUUCCUAUACAUGAUGCGCAAUAAUAAGGAAAAUAGUAAGAGACAACCCCUGCACAGGCCAAUAAAAAUCACAACAAUUGGCGAUGGCACUGUCGGCAAAACGUGUAUGCUAAUCACAUACACGACAAAUGAAUUUCCCUCAGAGUAUGUGCCCACAGUUUUCGAUAACUAUGCAGGAACCAUAUACGUAGACGGGCAAGAAUACGAUAUGACUUUAUGGGAUACAGCCGGUCAGGAGGAUUACGAGCGGAUCAGGCCAUUAUCCUAUCCAAAUACCGACUGCUUCUUGAUCUGCUUUUCAGUGAAUUCUCGCAAUUCUUUUGAGAAUGUUGUAAACAAAUGGUAUCCAGAAAUUAAGUACCACUGUCCAAACACGCCUAUAGUACUCAUUGGUACGAAAGGAGACCUUAGAAACACAGAAAAUGUAGAUACAAUUUCACUGAAAGAUUGCAACAAGAUGAGAAAAAAAGUUAAGGCUUACAAGUACAUAGAAUGUUCUGCUUUGAAACGCGACAAUUUGGAAGACGUUUUUGUCGAAGCAAUUCGUGCCGUACUAAGGAAACCAUCGACUAAACUUUGUUGUACAUUUUGAAGAUUAAGUUACAAAGUAAUAUUUAUAACUAUCUGUAAUAAUUUUAAUAUUUAGAAGAAAUAUAUCGUUCCAAAGACUACAAUUUCUCAUUAUCUUAUUUAUAUAAAAAUUAAAAAAUAUUCUGUAAACGUGAGAUGCUUUUUACAUGAUUAUUUAAGUCAACGAUACUCGGUGUUUACAGUUGUUAUUUUGUAUAUACGAAACUAAUGUAAAUACCCAAAACGAAAUAUAUACAACUUGUACCACGUUCAUAUUUGUCACAAUUAUUAAUGCAAAUAUUUUAUUAACGUUUAGAA